ACUCAUUCCUGUCUCUUAUCUGACACGCGUCUUCAUCGCUGCGGUAGAAUGGCUCCAAAAAAGGUAGAAGCAAAAAAGCCGGAAGCAAAAAAGCCAGAAGCAAAAAAAGAGGCGCCUAAGCCAGCACCUCCACCCGAGCCGGAGAAACCCAAAGUGCCAGAGUUUGACCCGAAAAGCAUUACGAUUGAGUUUACAGCCGAACAGAUCGAAGAGUUUAAAGAGGCAUUCAUGCUGUUCGACAGAACGCUUGCUGGGGAAAUGAAGAUUACUUACGCUCAGUGCGGUGAUGUCAUGAGGGCGCUGGGUCAGAACCCCACCAAUGCAGAAGUCAUUAGAGUACUGGGCAAACCAAAAGCUGAGGAAAUGAACACCAAACUGAUCGAUUUUGAGACAUUCCUGCCAAUGUUCCAACACGUGUCCAAGUCUAAAAACCAGGGCACGUUUGAGGAUUUUGUUGAGGGGCUGCGGGUGUUUGACAAGGAGGGCAAUGGCACCGUAAUGGGGGCUGAACUACGCCACGUGCUUGCAACUUUGGGUGAGAAGAUGACCGAAGCCGAGGUAGAGCAACUGAUGGCAGGACAGGAAGAUGGAAACGGCUGCAUCAACUAUGAAGCUUUUGUAAAACACAUCAUGGCUGGAUAAACGAAAGAUGUUAGGGGAAUUAUUAAGAAUGACUUGAAUUAUUAAUGUAAUACUAAUGUUUUUAUGCAAUUACAGUACACCAACAAUAAAUAUCUGUAGUAAAUACUUCACAUUAUGUUAACAUUAUAAUGAAUGAUAUUGAGCUUUCUAAUUUAGAUUUAAAAUGUCAUAUCCCACACUCUAAAAAUGGCUGGGUUAUUUUUGACCCAUAAAUAUUGGACAGAACACAUGCUGGGUUAAAAAUGACACCAUGCUGGGUUAAAAAUAACACAAUGUUGGGUUGUUGUUGUUAUGCAACCAUGGAUUACAAUAACCCAAUAGUUGGCAUUGGGUCAAUUUUAACACAGCGGUGUGUUCUGUCCAAUAUUUACCCAUUAUGGGUCAAAAAUAACCCAGCCAUUUUUAGAGUGCACAGUUUUCUCUCUUAUCCUAUAAUGUGACGGACCUCUGCAGUUAUCAACAAUCCCUCAGAACAACAACACUUUACAUUAAUGCCCAUGAACUAGCUUUCUGUUAAAGGAGUAAACAUUACAUGUUGCAAAUUAAUUACAUUUGUUUGUUUAUUGCUGAAACUGCUUGUAACAUUACAGUUGUUUUUACAUAAAAUCGCAUCAAAGAUGUUGUGUCAAAGUUUAAAUGUUUAAACAUUUUAUAUGAAUAUUAAAAAAUAUAUAAUAUAAACUUAUCUCUGCUC